GCCGAAGGCCAUAGCAGGUCCGGACGAUUCAGUCAACGAGGGCAACCAACCUCUCUCUCUCCUUCGACCACUCCGACAUUAUCACGUACGCCCAACGACCAGUGGUUUAACCUUAUAUCUCCGCGACAUUUUUUUCCAGGAUCUUAUCCAGUGCUGAAAGUCCACCAUUAAACGAUUGUCCUACCAAUUAGAAAUCACACACGCUCUGAAUAAAAAACAAACAACAGCCAAAAUGUCCCGCUUCGUAAUGACCAUAUUCUUUCUGUUGGUGGCCUGUUUGGCUCUCAUCGUUCCAGGAAGCGCAGCACCGCCCAGGCAAAGCUUGAAGUGGAGGAAGUUCUGGAGACCCAUGUUAGUUGAUCUGGAUGAUCCUGACAGCGUGAUGGAGGUUAUCACGCGAUUGGAGCGCAGCUUGUUGCGCAAUUCCGAUUACGAACACCAGAAAAGAGGAGUCGAUUUCGGACUCGGUCGUGGCUACUCCGGGUCUCAAGCGGCUAAGCACCUAAUGGGUUUAGCAGCAGCUAAUUACGCCAUCGGACCCGGCCGUAAGCGCCGUGACACGACGGAGUCCACUCCCGAAGACGUCAAGACCGGAGCAAUCAACUAGAAAAGAAAAUCCUUGGACCGCGCCGUCUCGCCGAUUUUCUUCCUUACUCCCGUCCCCCUGUGUCCCAACAUAAGAAAUGCAUGCCUCUUCUCUCUCUCUCUCUUCUCUUUCUCUGCUCUGUGUUAUUAGUCAUUUUCAAUCGGCUUCCUAAUUUAUAUAUUUAGGCCCUAUAUAUAUAAAUACAAUAUAUUAACGAUUGAUUUCGGUGGUGGCUUAAUGCUGUGAAACGAUUUCGAGCCAACAUUUGUCUGGUUUUUAUUUUCAGUUCUCUCCUUUACUGUUCAUGUUGAAAAAUACAAUUUGCUACUUGAAACCGCAAUUUAACAAAAAUGAUCAAACCCAGUAAAUAGGCUUACAUACAUACAUCUGUAACAUGCUUAUAGAAAUUAUAUAUAUAGUCUGCCAAUAGCUUUCGCAGUUAUAUUAUACAGUUCCUUCUUCCACUUCAAAUCCUACACUACUAACAACGCAGAGCAAAAAUUGUUUUGGCUGUCCACAUUUUUGAUUGAUUUGCUCCCCCCUCCAAAGACACGCCAUUCUUUAUGUUAUGAAAACCAAACAGCACGGACCGCCUCACGUUACAUGAAUCCAAAUAUUCAUUGAUCUCAUCUCAUAUAGUGUCCGUCACGCGAAAUGAACACUUGUGGCGUGAAAUUCGUGUUUGAAAAAGAAAAGAAAAAAUUACAUUGAAAAGAGAAAAUCAAGAACAAAUUUUAUUCCUUCCUUCAAAUAUUUUCAAUGUUGAUUGUGUGGACUCACCAUACACACCAGAUGACAAAUACACGCUCUUCUCUAAAAUGAA